AUGGUGGAUCUGGAGGGUGUGGUCCGUAGCCAUCCAAUUAAGAAAGAUUCAUGGAAGACACUGUUAACUUUAGCUUAUCAGAGCUUGGGAGUUGUCUAUGGAGAUUUAAGCACUUCUCCUUUGUAUGUUUACAAGAGCACUUUUGCAGAGGACAUUCAUCAUUCAGAGACUAAUGAGGAGAUUUAUGGGGUUCUCUCUUUUGUAUUCUGGACACUGACGCUGAUACCUUUAGUGAAAUAUGUGUUUAUUGUGCUUAGAGCUGAUGAUAAUGGUGAAGGUGGGACUUUUGCUCUGUAUUCACUGUUAUCCCGGCAUGCCCGAGUGAGCUCCUUGCCCAAUUGCCAGCUUGCAGAUGAGGAGCUAUCAGAGUACACUAAAGAUGGUGUUGUUUCAACCAGUAACAGUGCUUUUGGGUCGAGUUUAAAAUCCACAUUGGAGAAGCAUAGAGUGCUGCAAAAGGUGCUUCUUAUUCUGGCUUUGAUUGGGACUUGUAUGGUUAUUGGUGAUGGGGUGCUCACACCAGCAAUUUCUGUUUUUUCGGCUGUUUCGGGUCUGGAGCUUUCCAUGUCAAAAGAGCAGCAUCGAUAUGUUGAAGUCCCAGUUGCUUGUGUUAUACUCAUAUUUUUGUUUGCCCUUCAACAUUACGGGACCCACCGGGUAGGGUUCUUGUUUGCCCCAGUUGUGAUCACUUGGCUUUUCUGCAUCAGUUCCAUUGGUGUAUACAACAUCUUCCGUUGGAAUCCCCAAGUUUAUCAAGCACUCUCUCCAUAUUACAUGUACAAAUUUUUGAAGAAGACCCAAAAGGGAGGUUGGAUGUCCUUGGGUGGUAUACUGUUGUGCAUGACAGGCUCGGAAGCUAUGUUUGCUGAUCUUGGACACUUUUCACAGUUGUCAAUCAAGAUUGCCUUCACCUUUGUGGUUUACCCAUCCUUGAUUCUAGCAUAUAUGGGACAAGCUGCAUACCUUUCUGAGCAUCAUGUCAUACAGAGUGACUAUCGGAUUGGAUUCUAUGAAUCAGUUCCUGAGAAAAUAAGAUGGCCUGUUUUGGCAAUAGCCAUACUUGCUGCAGUGGUGGGAAGUCAAGCCAUCAUAACUGGAACUUUUUCAAUAAUCAAACAAUGUUCUUCUUUGGGUUGCUUUCCAAGGGUCAAGAUUAUCCACACAUCUUCUAAAAUACAUGGACAAAUUUACAUCCCAGAGAUUAACUGGACAUUAAUGUUGCUAUGCUUGGCUGUUACCAUUGGUUUUAGAGACACAAAAUCCAUGGGCAAUGCAUCAGGUUUGGCCGUUAUAACUGUCAUGCUGGUAACUACCUGCCUUAUGUCUCUAGUCAUAGUCUUGUGCUGGCACAAAAGCAUCUUCCUGGCAAUUUGCUUUAUAUUAUUCUUCGGCUCCAUUGAGGCACUCUACUUCUCAGCAUCGCUCAUAAAGUUUCGUGAAGGGGCUUGGGUCCCCGUUGCUCUUUCAUUCAUCUUCUUAGUGGUUAUGUAUGUAUGGCAUUAUGGCACUUUCAAGAAAUAUGAGUUUGAUGUCCAAAAUAAAGUCUCCAUCAACUGGCUCCUCAGUUUAGGUCCUACUCUGGGGAUUGUUAGGGUCCGGGGGAUUGGCCUUAUACAUACUGAGCUCGUUUCUGGGAUCCCAGCUAUUUUCUCUCACUUUGUUACCAACCUCCCUGCUUUCCACCAGGUUGUAGUUUUCCUCUGCAUCAAGUCCGUCCCAGUCCCACAUGUUGGACCUGAGGAAAGAUUCUUAGUGGGACGAGUUGGUCCCAAGGAAUACCGGCUCUAUAGAUGCAUAGCACGCUAUGGUUAUCGUGAUGUUCACAAGGAUGACAUUGAAUUUGAAAGAGAUCUCGUUUGUAGUAUUGCAGAAUUCAUUCGGUCAGAGAGACCAGAAUGUGAUGUCAGUCUAGAAAAACUGGAAGACGAUGAGAAAAUGACAGUUGUUGGGACUUCAUCAUCAAAUUUAGAUGGCAUAAGAAUGUCUGUAGAUGAUGCAGAUUUCUCUGAAAUGGCAAGCACCUCAGAGUUGCAGGAGAUAAGGCCUACAGAAAAGCCCAAGAAGAGGGUGAGAUUUGUUGUUCCAGAGUCUCCACAAAUUGAUAGGGAGGCAGUAGAGGAGUUGCGGGAACUGAUGGAAGCAAGGGAGGCAGGAAUGGCAUUUAUAUUAGGCCACUCAUAUGUGAAGGCAAAGAGAGGAUCCAAUUUGAUGAAGAAACUAGUGAUCAAUGUCGGGUAUGAUUUCUUGCGGAGAAACUUUCGGGGGCCAACUUAUGCUUUAAGCAUUCCUCGUGCAUCUACUCUAGAGGUAGGGAUGGUCUACCACGUUUAG